UACCUGAAUUUAGUUUCCUGCCACUGGAAAAUAACAUCACCCCCGAAGAAAUAUUAAAUAUGCCAAUGGGUUUUAAUGAUCUUAGUGGUGAUAAUUUAAUUAAUAUUGAGGAUAAAGAUCACAAUCUUGGCUAUUUUGGACGUCAUAAUGAAUCAAAUACCUUGAAAUAA